AUGAAAUCAAUAAUCGACAAAGAACCACCGUCAGAUUUGUUCCCUUCCAAGCACGAAUUUCCCAGACUCGUCGCCGUGCUCGCCGUCGCAUCGCUAGUUGCUUGGACCUCCAAUCUCCUUUUCACCUCUCUCCUUUAUCCAUCUACGAAACCAUUCUGCGACACCAACGUCAAUUCUCUUGAUUACUUUCCCGAUAGUUGUGAACCUUGUCCAAGUAAUGGAGAGUGCAAUGAUGGAAAAUUGGAGUGUUUGAGUGGUUACCAAAAGCAUGGAAAUUUGUGUGUAGAAGAUGGAGAUAUCAAUGAAUCUGCUAGAAAAAUUGUGGAGACUGUGGAGCGUCACCUCUGUGGAGAAUAUGCUCAAUUUUUGUGCUAUGGAGCUGGAUCAGUUUGGGUUCAUGACGAUGAUUUGUGGAAUUAUUUUGAGUCAGUGGGAAAUGUCAAAGAGGGCAAUGCACUUUAUAAUUAUACAAAACAAAGGGCAUUUGAUACAAUGGAUAAAUUAUUGGAGAUGAGGUUAAACUCUCAGGGGAUGAAGGAAUUCAAAUGUCCAGAUUUGCUAGCAGAGCAUUACAAGCCACAUGCCUGCCGCUUUCGCCAGUGGAUCACUCAACAUAUUCUUGUUGUUUUGCCAAUUUGUGCUAUGCUUGUAGGAUGCUCAAUUUUGUUCUGGAAUGUCCGUCGAAAGCUACGCGUGUCGAGACGAGUUGAGGAGCUUUAUAGCAAGGUCUGCGAAAUACUUGAAGAGAAUGCAUUGACAUCAAAAAGUGUAAAUGGUGAGUGUGAACCCUGGGUUGUUGCUUCUCGGUUACGAGAUCACCUGCUUUUACCAAGAGAGAGGAAGGACCCUUUAUUAUGGAAAAAGGUAGAAGAAUUGGUUCAAGAAGAUUCUCGCGUAGACCGCUAUCCAAAGUUGGUGAAGGGUGAAUCUAAAGUGGUAUGGGAAUGGCAAGUUGAAGGUUCUCUGAGCGCAUCAAAGAUAUUGACUAGAAGAGAUGCAAGCAAAACUAAGGUCAAUGGAAACAUAGACCUGAAUCACCAACAACGCCCUACAAUUAAAGCAGAGCUUAUGGAACCACAUUUUUGA